AUGGUAAAGAUGGUUGCGGACGGCGACUGCUUGUUCCACGCGCUGGCCCAUGGUCACAAGCGAACGAUGGAGGACGAGAACGGUGCCAGGCCUCUUCCUGCAGACCUGGGACAGGCUCUUCGCCGGGAGGUGACAAGCUUCUUGACAGCCCAUGCAUUCGAGCAGGGCGACUUCGCAGAGAGCUGGCUAGAAGAAGCGGAACAUCUGGAAAGAGGAUCAGAAGAGGCUUGGGCUGGAAACAACUCCAUCGUGGCCUUCUCCCUGAUGAAGAAAUGCCGCGUGCACGUGCACACGCGCCUUCCCGACGGCUCUAUCGUCGCAAUCGACUCCACCCAUCGUGAUCUUCAAAAUCUCGCUGAUUUGCCCACGGUUCAUGUGUUCUAUAAUGGACAAGACCAUUACGAUGCAUUGGUGCAAGCCGAAGAUGUGGCACUGCUGGUGCCCGCGUGGAAAGAUCAGACAUGGCCGGUGAGGUACUGGCGACUGCCGAAUGAAUUGCCGCCGCUGGAACUCGACGAUGCAUUGCCGCCGAUCAAGAAGCCCAGAUCGGUGGAGUCCGUCACUGCGCUCGAACUUCCUGACAGCGGGGACGACAUCCUGGACGAGGUGUGCAAGACCGUCGUGACGCCGGCAUCCACCCAUCCGCAUCGCCAAAUGGAGGAUGCCGUUACGAAGCUGGCGACGACCAGGCUUCGAGACCAUCCCACACUCCCGCCUCUUGCGCUGCCGGAAGAAGUGGAUGCGGGCGAGGCGUGGCCCCAUGCUUUCUGUGCGUUCAGCGGCUGCUUGUGGACGGCCAGAAAAGGCACGGAGGACGACCUGCUUCAGCAUCUCCACGAGCAGCAUGGCGCCGACCUCGAUCCCCUAGCAAGUCUUCUCUGGAAUGGCCAUCAUGACAAGCGCGAUCUGCUCAGCGUUUACAAUGCUGCUCUGAGCGUCAAGUGCGGCAAGAAGAUCACAGGCGAGGAGUUCCUUCAGGGGUCGACGGAGCUUCGAGAGCAUCUGCAGCGCGGGAAGUACGUGGACAUCACCGGCGCCCAGAAGAGCGUGCAAGGCGACUUCUCCAAAGUCCAGCAC